CAUCCGGGUACUUUUUAAAGUUUUAGCAGAAGAAACCAAAGUUGAGGAAAUUUGUUGAUUAUCACGCCUUUAUUGCAAUAAGUAAAAUAUAUUUAAUGUAAAAUAACAGCCCAUCUGUUUUCCACCUUUCACAUAUUAUAGGAACACUACAUUAGACAGCCAGAAGCAUGGCUUCUGGAGGUUAUGGUCGAGGUGGUCGUGGUCAGCUGUUGUUACAAGCUCUUCAACAACCUGCCCGCAAGCCUGGUGACAAUGGCCAAGAACAGAGAGCAGAGGGUCAGUCUACCCAAGCCCCAGCCCCAAGCAAGGCAGCAGCCCCUUUAGGACGUGGUGCAGUGUUGGCCAAUCUUCUUAACAAGCAGCCCACCCCACAACCACCAGCUCCAGGAGGUGACCCUCAAGCUGCCCGUGCAGUUCCGAGACCCAUGGGGAGAGGGCUAGCCUCAAUGCAGGCACUACUGCAAUCUACAUGCCAGUCAUUGCCUCAGUCCACAGCCCGUGGUGCAGCUUUCAUGCAAGAGGCCAGUCAGGUGGCCAGGCAGCCAGUAGCCCCACCACCGUCUCAGGUGACCCUUCCUUCCAGAUCCCCACCCCAGCAGUCUUCCCCCCAGGCACAGGGAGAGGGGACCUCUGCCCCACCCACAAGCCGUCUUGCUGAGAUGUCGCUGAACAGGGAAGAUCGAGUGGAGAUGCAUGGAAAGGAUGGGACACCUCUGAGGUUGUCAGCAAAUCACAUUCGCAUCAAGUGCAACAAUCCAGGGGUUUAUCAGUACCAUGUGGACUUCAGACCCAAUAUUGACUCGAAGGGAAUGAGAAUCCGACUGGUUAAUGAACACAGAGACGUGAUUGGCUUCGCCAAGGCCUUUGAUGGCAGCAUUUUAUUCCUUCCCAUUAAACUACCUCAACCGGAAACCAUUCUACACAGUAUUAGAAAUACAGACAACACGCCAGUGACCAUCAUCAUCAGACUCACCAAAGUUCUUCCACCAGAAUCAUGCCAUCAACUCUACAAUAUUGUCUUCAGGAGAAUUAUGUCGAUCUUGUCCAUGGUCCAGGUUGGCCGGUACUUCUACAAUCCAAAUACACCAUCUGUCGUCCCACAACACAGACUUGAGGUGUGGCCAGGGUACAUCACAGCAGUGUCGGAACAGGAGGGAGGUCUGAUGUUAUUGGCUGACGCUAGUCACAGGGUCCUCACAACAGAAACUGUCUUGGACAAGAUGCAAACCAUGGUUCAAAGAAAUCCGCAGGGCUUUAGGGAUGAUGUUAUAAGGCAACUGAUAGGCACAGUUGUCCUCACUCGCUACAAUAACAAGACGUACAGGGUUGAUGAUAUAAUAUGGAAUCAGAAUCCCCAGCAUACAUUCAGUACUGCCAGCGGGGGAGAGAUGAGCUUCAUUGAGUAUUACAAGAAGAGUUACAACCUGGACAUUCAGGAUUAUGAGCAGCCCCUGUUGAUGCACAGACCGAAGAGGAAGCAGGAACCUGGAGGGCGAACAAGCAAGAUAGAGACUAUCCUACUGGUGCCGGAGUUGUGCUACAUGUCUGGGUUGACUGAUGCUCUGAGGCAGGACUUCAGGGUGAUGAAGGACCUUGCCCACCACACCCGUGUGACCCCGGAGCAGAGGAAGCUCACCAUGAUGAAAUUCAUGCAGUCUGUCAACGGCAACCCUGAUGCUCGCAAAGAGCUGGAAAACUGGGGACUACAGCUGGAUAACGACAUCUUGGAGUUUGAUGGUCGCCAGUUGCCGCAGGAGGAUAUAGUGUUCUACAAUAAGAUAGUGAAGUCCGGGCCAACUGCAGACUGGGGUCGUGCUGCCACCAGCGAGAACGUGAUUACUGCUGUGGCUCUGCGUAAUUGGGUGGUCAUCUACACCCGACGUGACCAGACAAAAGCCAACGACUACAUCAGUACAACGUUGAAGGUGGCUCCCCAAAUGGGCAUUGAGUGCUCACAGCCAAUCAGAUUUGAGCUGAAGGAUGAUCGUGUUGAGACAUACAUCAGGGCUCUCCGGGAACACAUCAACCCCACAUUACAAGUGAUAGUGGCCAUAUGCCCUACUAGUAGGGAUGACCGCUACUCAGCCAUCAAGAAGACGUGCUGUGUGGACAACCCUAUCCCCAGUCAGGUGAUCAUUGGGAAAACCAUCGGAGACCCGAAGAAGCUUCGCAGUGUUGUACAGAAGAUUGCACUCCAGAUCAACUGUAAACUGGGCGGAGAACUAUGGGGAGUCUCCAUCCCGCUGAAACAUCUGAUGGUUGUGGGCAUUGACAUAUACCACGACAGUGCAGCCAAGAAGCAAAGCAUCUGUGGGUUUGUGGCGUCCAUGAACAAGAACUGCACGCGCUGGUUCUCGCGGUGUAAGGUACAACCAGUUAGUCAGGAGCUCGUCGAUGGACUCAAAUUCUGCCUGGUGUCCGCUCUCACCAAGUUCCAUGAGACCAACCAUUUCUUGCCGGAGAAGAUUGUUGUGUUUCGUGAUGGUGUAGGUGAUGGACAGCUCAACACUGUGGCCGACUACGAGGUGGACCAGCUGAAGAGUACAUUCUCUCACUUUGGGGAAGAAUACUGUCCUAAAAUGAGUGUGGUCAUUGUGCAGAAGAGGAUCAAUACAAGGAUCUUUUGCCAUAAGGGAAGACAGCUUGAUAAUCCUCCAUCCGGAACUGUGGUUGAUCACAGCAUCACAAGACGUGACAGAUACGACUACUUCUUGGUGUCCCAGCAUGUGCGCCAGGGCACAGUGAGCCCCACCCACUACAUUGUGGUCUCUGACGACACGGGCAUGAAGCCUGACCACAUGCAGAGGCUCACAUAUAAGAUGACACAUCUCUACUACAACUGGCCUGGAACUGUUCGUGUGCCAGCACCUUGUCAGUAUGCCCACAAGCUGGCCCAGUUGGUUGGGCAGAAUAUCCACAAGGAGCCCAGUGAGUCUCUCUCAGACAGGCUGUUCUUCCUGUAGAACCCACCUCUUGAAAAACAAUAUAUUCCCAGUGGUAACCAGAAUCCAACAUAGACAUAUCUAUGUACCCACCACAUUAUAACUCGCGUCAUGACAUGGCCAGCCAUCAACACUUUCUGUACCCAUCCUAGCGCUGGGUAUUUGUGUAUCACAGCCCACCAUAAGUCUAUAUUGUAGAAGUUAUUUGUGGCUUAAUGUAAUUAAAGCCAUUAUGAAGUCCAUACAAUGUGAGCUUGUGUCUCGAUGGCUCUUCAUGUGCAUUUGGCAGUAAGAUUGAUGCGUGUCUCGAUGGUUCUUCAUGUGCAUUUGGCAGUAAGAUUGAUGCCUUUUCCUUGUGUUCAAAAUCUUGUGAUCUCAGACUAAAGGUGUAUUCAGGGAUUGUUAGCGCCAGCGUGGAAUACAUCAUUGACAUAAAUAGUGCUUUAAUAGCAAACAUUUCUCAUAGGCAUUAGAAUAUCAUUUGGAAGAGUUUUUUUAUGUGACACUUAUUGGUCAGGUAACAAUUUUUUAAUUUUUGUUUUAAGUUUAGUUUGGAAAAAGAAUAUGGAAACACAUUGUGUGACUGCUGUUCAAAAGGAGUGAUUUACUGUCUUGAUAUUACGUUUACAUACUGUAAAUGCCUGCUGUGAUGUUAUUGCAGAUGAAAAUUGUUUGCUGAAAUAGUUGCUGUGUGUCUUGUGAUGAUAUCCAUGUUUGUCAUUGUUUAUAAAGAUUUGAUACAUAUAUGCAAAUAACACAUGUAUAUGUUAGUUUCAUUCAGAUAAGACCAUUACCAUUACCAUUGAGUGUAUAUAAGUGUUGUUUACACAGAUCUGAUGUUGAAAACCAGUCUAUGAUAUAUCAUGUAAAAUUAGAGUAAUUUUGACAAGUUGGGUUAUAUCGUCCAUUUUUUUUUCAAAUCUAAAUGUGCACUGAUUUUUUUCAACUGUAAUUAAAACCGAUUUUGUUUGAACUUAAGUGGUCAAGUCUUGGUCACUGUUGUCUAGUCAGAUUUUAAGCUUGUAUGUUUUUGAGAAAGGAAAAACUUACGUGAUGGCUUUGGUGUCAUAAAAACUAAAAAAUACAUUUGUGUAGUAUAAGGCCGUGCCAAAUUUAUUCUAAGUAUAGCAUCAUAGGGAGGGUAGGUUUUCAGCCGUAAGAAUAAAAAGAAUUACCGAAAUUUAAAUUUUAUUUUUUGAAGCUAAAUUAUAAAGCUAACUAUGAUCUGAGUAAAAUAGUAGGUGAUAGAGUUUAGAGUUUGUUAGGAAAAAUGCCCAUUAGUUUACGUACAAUGAUGAUAAACAUAUUUCAAAAUAUAGUCAAUGUACAAUAUAGAUUACCAUAAGUAAAGCUUACAGCCAUAUUGUCACAGCAAUAUAUCUUAAAGCAUUCAGUAUUUAAUGGUGUCAUUACUACCCGUAAUAUAUGAUUCCAUUUAAUUCCAUAGCUUUUUUAUGACUUAUAAUUGUUGGAAUCUGCUAUUGACACUAUUUGUUGUAAAGAGAACAUGGUAAGUAUUAUUAGACCAUUUGCUGUAAAGAGAACAUGGUAAGUAUUAUUAGACCAUUUGCUGUAAAGAGAAUAAGUUGUUCUUCCUUUUGUUUUUUGGGGAGAUGGUUCUGACACAGGAACCCAAUGCCUUCAUAGAAUCAAUUUUGUAUGGCCUUAAAAUGUUUCAGCAAGUAUAUUCAAUUAACAUCACCAUGUACAUGUAAUACAAGUAGUAUGUUUUAUAGUCUGCAAUUGGAUUUCAAAAUGUAGAAAUGUCUUGGUUAGUUUGUUUUGUGUUUUUGUUUUGUUAUUUUAUUAUAUACAACUUUGCAAUAAGUAGUAUGUUUUAUUUAGUAUUGUUUGUUUUAGAUUUUAUGCUAAAGAGCAUUUUAGAAAUUGUUAGUUGUUUUUGUAAAUGGAAUUAUGUACGGUAUGUGUGAAUUGAAACAAUGCAGUUAUCUAGACUUGUUCAAGAAGUGCAUCUAUAUUUCUUGUCUUCAUGUUAAAUGACAGUAUUUGGUAAAGUUAUCCAAGUUUGGUUUUAGUUAUCAAGUUGUUAACAAGUUUUCCAUAUAACAGAAAAUAGCAGAUUAGUGUUUGUUUCAGUGAAGAAUGCAAAAUGUUUCACACAGUGAGCAUUAAAAGUUAAAAUUCA